AUGAUGAAAACGAGUGAGAUCUUAGAAGACCAGGAAAAAGUGGCCAAAGCGCAACGAGCGGUGGAAUCAAAAAGAUGGUCAAAACUUGGAGAUGUGCCAGAGUACUACUGGGACAAGUUUGUACCGGAUAUCACAAGAUUCGAAGGCGUGGAUGCGUAUCUCCACAAGACGAAGCUGAAUGGCACCCAAGUUGAAGAGGCACUAUACUUCCACCCGAUCAAAUUUGUGAAGGCCAAUAUGUGGAACUCAAUUGACACCACAUGGCCAUCACUGAAUGAUGGCAUUUUUGAUAUGAGCACCGUCAGAAGUUGCGAUCCAAACACUAAGUGCUCCAUGAGUGGUUACAGAAUCGAAAAGGGUGAUCUAUUUUUCGAGCACAUUUUUACCAUGGAAGGAGGACAAAAGAUGAUUGUAAAAACUGUCUACUAUGUUCCAGCGGAAACAUUUAUUUAA